AUGUGUGAAGGAGAACUAGUCUCUGUGUUCAUCAGAUCCCAGGAGCCUGAUUUUUACAACAGAAUGUUGACCAUGGCUGGAAGACCGUUUGUUGAAUUCGUCAAAAUGGGAGAAGCUAUAGAAGAUGGUCUCAAAUUCGGGAAAAUAGUUAGUCUCUUCAACAAGUCAUCUAGACAAGCUACUGCAGGAAUCUUCCGCAAGAAGAAAGAGGACGUGGAAAGCAUAUCCCACUUUCCAAAUCCAAGCCCAAAUGAACCACAAUCCACCCACAUAACUACACCCCUCAUAAAUUAUCCAACGCCUGUGUAUUACGCACAACCAAGCUUCACCACCACUGUGCCAGCUUACACGGCCCCGUCUAGUGUCCGAGGAAAUGGACACAGCACAGAGGACUGUAUAAAUCUCAAGCACAAAAUUAAAGAUCUGAUUGACAAAAGGGAAAUCACUUUGGAAACUGCAGCUCCCAAUAUGAACACAAACCCGUUGCCUAACCAUGGAAACAAUGGAGUCCACAUGAUUGAGAGGAAUGAGGACUGGGAAGCUUGCAGAGCAUUGAACCCCAAAAGGUCGAAUCCCUGGGACACACAUGCAAGCAAUGAAGAUUUGGCUGAACUGGUAGCCCAUAUCAUCGGCGAACACAAAAUCUGCUUCUCAAAAGAGGAUUUGCCAGUAGAAUCAACUGCUCACGGCAGAGCCCUUAACAUCACCGUGGAAUGGCAUGGUAAAGCAAUACGGAGGGUACUGGUGGACACUGGAUCAGGCCUCAAUAUUUGCCCUAUCACCACAUUGACCUACCAUGGCUGCGACGUAGGCAAGAUUCGCCAUAGUGGAACAAACGUCAGGGGAUUUGAUGGGUCUCUAACUGAUUCUCUUGGAGAGAUAGACCUGCAGAUCCAGGUUGGACCUGCCUCUUUCACAACAGAAUUUCAG